AUGUCCGACAAUCCGUUUGAACUCAAACCGCUAGGUCCAGGAGGAGUAGCUCGCGAAACGUUCAGAUCUGCUACUCCAUCCAUUAGAUUUUCUGGAAAGACAACAGAAGAUACCGCUACAGAAUUACAAACCAAUGCAACUACUGGGUUAUCAAGUUCUCAAGAUAUCCUCAACCGAAGAUCCAUUCACGGUAUCAACGAAUUAUCAAGCGAAGAAGACGAGAGCUUGAUUAUGAAGUUCAUAUCUUCAUUCUACCAAGAUCCGUUGAUUCUCUUAUUGAUUGGUUCAGCAAUUAUAAGUUUUUGGAUGGGUAAUAAGGACGAUGCCAUCUCCAUCACAUUAGCGAUAGUCAUCGUCGUUACCGUUGGGUUUGUUCAAGAAUAUAGAUCAGAAAAAUCGUUAGCUGCUUUAAACAAAUUAGUUCCUGCAGAGGCUAAAUUAACUAGAAACGGAAACACUUCCACUGUCUUGGCAUCAACUUUGGUUCCAGGUGAUUUGGUUCACUUCUCCCAAGGUGAUAGAAUCCCCGCCGAUGUCAGAUUAACUGAAGCCGUGUAUCUUACUAUUGACGAAAGUAACUUGACUGGUGAGAACCGUCCUGUUAAGAAAUCCACAACAAUGAUCAAUAAUGGCACAUCGCUCGCCGAUAUUCCUGUCAAUCAAAGAAGUUGUAUUGCCCACAUGGGUACUUUAGUUCGUGACGGACAUGGUUCAGGUAUUGUCAUUGCCACCGGUCACAAGACUGUGUUUGGUGGUGUUUUUGAAAUGAUGGCCGAAAUCGAAAAACCAAAGACUCCCUUGCAACAAGCUAUGGAUAAAUUAGGUAAAGAUCUUUCUAUUUUCUCAUUUAUUGUCAUUGGUAUUAUUUGUUUGGUUGGUAUAAUACAAGGAAGAGAAUGGUUGGAUAUGUUUCAAAUUUCUGUUUCCUUGGCCGUGGCUGCCAUUCCUGAAGGUUUGCCAAUUAUCGUCACUGUUACUCUUGCCCUUGGUGUUUUAAGAAUGGCCCGCCAAAAGGCAAUUGUUAGAAGGUUACCCUCGGUGGAAACUUUGGGUUCCGUCAAUGUUAUUUGUUCUGAUAAAACUGGUACUUUAACCCAAAACCACAUGACUGUCACCAAGAUUUGGUCCACUGAUUUCAAAGGAAGUUUCAACAGUCCAUUCCUUGUUGUUGAAAGGUUAGAUGACAAGACAUUACACCUGAAAUUGACUCAGAAUAUGCACCAAAUCUUGCAAUGUGGGUCUAUAUGUAACAAUGCCAGAUAUUCACACGAAAAUGAAAAAUAUGUCGGCAACCCCAGUGAUAUUGCUUUGGUUGAAUGUUUACCUCACUUUGGUUUAGAUGAUUUUAGAGGUACUAGACAACGAGUUUACGAAUUGCCAUUCAGUUCCGCUAGAAAGUAUAUGGCUGUUUGUGUGCACACUGGUGACAUGAAUAAGGCAGAAACCUUAGCUAAAGGUGCUUCGGAAAAGAUUGUCAGACUUUCCACUAAAUAUUUAGAUGAAAAUGGACAAGUGAAGCCGAUUACCGAAGAAGUUAAACACAUAAUUCAUGAAAAAUCCAAAGUAUUAGCCAGUGAUGGAUUAAGAGUAUUGGCCUUCGCCAAGAGUAAUCAAGUCAUCACCUCGAGUGAGAAUGAUAUCCAUCAAGAAACUACCGAACCUUCCGAUAUGAUUUUCCUUGGUCUUGUUGGAAUGAAAGAUCCUCCUAGACCUAACGUUAGUAAAUCCAUUGCCAUGUUGAUGAAAGGUGGUGUUCAUGUUAUUAUGAUUACAGGUGAUUCCCCAUCUACUGCUAUGAAUAUUGCUAAACAAAUUGGUAUGCCUAUUGUCGGUGACCAUGCCGUUAUGACUGGUGAUCAAAUCGAUAACCUUUCUGAAAUUGCUCUUGCAGAUGCUAUUCACGACGUUUCCGUUUUCGCCAGAACUACCCCUGAACAUAAAGUUACUAUUGUUAAAGCAUUACAACGUAGAGGUGAUAUCGUGGCUAUGACUGGUGAUGGUGUUAAUGAUGCUCCUGCUUUAAAAUUGGCUGAUAUUGGUAUUGCUAUGGGUAAAAAUGGGACUGAUGUUGCCAAAGAAGCUGCCGAUAUGGUUUUGACUGAUGAUGAUUUCUCAACCAUUCUUUCUGCUAUUGAAGAAGGGAAAGGUAUUUUCAACAAUAUUCAAAAUUUCAUCACGUUCCAGUUGAGUACCUCUAUUGCAGCAUUGUCUUUGAUUGCCAUGGCGACAUUUUUCGGAUUACCUAACCCCUUGAAUGCUAUGCAAAUCUUGUGGAUUAACAUUUUGAUGGAUGGACCUCCAGCACAAUCGCUUGGUGUUGAGCCUGUUGAUCACGAAGUUAUGAACAAGCCACCAAGAAGGAGAAACGACAAGAUUUUAACUCAAUUAGUUAUAAAGCGAGUUAUUCAAUCUGCCAUUAUGAUUAUUUUAGGUACUUUGUUCAUUUUCGUCAAGGAAAUGACUGAUAAUGAAAUUACUGCUAGAGACACCACCAUGACAUUCACAUGCUUUGUGUUUUUCGAUAUGUUCAAUGCCCUUGCUUGUCGUCAUUACUCCAAAUCAAUUUUCGAGAUGGGGCUCAAGAAUCAAAUGUUUAAUUUUGCCGUGAUUGGAUCGUUGAUUGGUCAGUUUUGUGCUAUUUAUGUGCCAUUUUUCCAACUGAUUUUCCAGACUGAAGCAUUGUAUUUCAGUGACAUUGUCACUUUGCUUGUGUUGUGUAGUACUGUGUUUAUUGGGGAUGAAGUUAGAAAGUGGUUGAUGAGAAGAAAGACGGUGUUGACCAGUUAUAAUUAUGUGUAG